AUGAAAAAACGAGGAAGAAAGAAAAAAGUGAAUGCAAUUCCUGCAACGAAAUCAGAAGCAACAGCUUUUGUGUUGGAAUCAAUUGAUGGAAAUGUGUCCCACACGUCAAGUGAUCGACACUCACCAGUGAAGAAAACAAAGAGAGGAGAACAUCAAAGUACUCAUGGAUUCCCAGACCAUCAGCUAGAUAUCGACUUAUCACAUCAACAAUAUCAGGUUACUAGACGAAAAAGUCCAGCGACUGGAUCAAGCUCUGCUGGAACCUCUGGUGCAAUGCUGACUGGGAAAAUUCAUGCUGAAAAGGUCCUUGAAGCCAUGGGAUAUUUGUGUUUGUAUGAAAUGCUGCCAUUCGAGUUGUGUUCGAGCCACGCGUUUGGCAAUCUUAUAAUGAAAUGCUUGGAAGGGUGUGGUGGCUAUGCGGACGACCCGAAUCACUUUAAUGUUUUUACCAAGGAGUUUGCGUCUGGAUACGUCAAGAAUAUGGCUGCGGAGAUUAAAGUGCGGACUGCCAUGCAGAUGAAGACGACAGAUUUUGCGCACCUAAUGCUUUCUGAAUGGAGACCGUCGGAUGAUGCUAGGGUAGAAACGGCAACGGCUGCGGCUGCGACAACUACAGUCGAUUUCACACAUCCCAGUGGUAAAGAGCUGGUCUUUCUUGCUUUCUUUGCGGUCGGACUGGACCACAAAUUUAACCCCUUCCGUAGAUGUCUACACGUCUCAUCUAUUGAAACUUACUGUCCACAACAAGGAAAAUCGAUUGCAACGAUGUUUGCUAAAGACGAAGAGUUAAAGAAAGCAAUGGAACGCGUUGCUUUUUGCAGAUCCAUGCCUCAAAUUUUUGCUGUGGAGCCACCAUGCUGCGGGUAUCAGUCUUUUGCUGUGGAUCACAAGUUGCAUCUGUUGGAGAGUGUUCCUACAGUUCUGCAAAAUAUUGUACUUGCCACCAUUAAUGGAGUCCGCAUUUUUGGGAGUUAUUGUUUUGCUAGUGACGUGUUUGCAACCUCGGCAGCCUCUAGUUCUGUAUGCUUUCAAAGUCAACGCAUGGAUAAGGGCGAGUACAUUGACAGCAGUUCUGCUGCAGUUACAGCAGGAUUAUCCGUUGCUGAUUGUUACGGCAUCACGACCGAGGAAAUUGCAUCCAGUAUUGUCGAGGAACUGCCAACAAGUCUCAUGGGACAUACGUAUCGUGACCUGAUGAACAAGCUGAUGUAUUUGCUUGCGCAUUUCAAACAAUCGUCAAAGUCACGCGAGGUGUUACGAAGGUUGGCAUUGGAGCAGUGCAGUAUGAGCACAGCUUCUUACGAGCGCUUGUUCAUCGAUCGCCUUCGAGAGAUGACCAUAUCAAUGGGUCAGAUAUAUUAUGUGUUGGCACUUGUUGAGGAUAUGAUGCCGGCACUCAGAAAGUAUAUCUUGUUGCAUAAAGACAAUGAUUCUGACUUUUCCAAACUUAUCCAGCUAACAUCUUUAUCACGGUACGAGUGGUCUCGUGUACGCUAUCUUACGAUGAUACUGAAGCCAUUUGCUGAGGCCACUGCAAAGCUGGAAGGUGAGCCAUAUGUCGUUUCGUCUUUAAUCGUGCCGUCGGUGUUCACACUGAUCGAGAAAAUACGCGAUUUUCGCCCUGUCAAUAUUGGAUUCACUGAUGUGUCUUACGAUGGCUUUGCUAAGAAAAGCACUGCAGAGGUUAUGGUUGAUGAUUUACCAGAGGACAUCGAGGCAUUGAGAGAUCUGGCAUUAAAAAAUUUGCUAGCAAGUUUUGGGCAUCUGUUUUCGGUCCCAGAAGCUAGCUGGGAUAAGGAAAAGCUUCAAACGUUCAACCUCUUGUGGUCUGCUACAAUAUUGGACCCUCGGACAAAGUCGUUCAUCGUCAAAGGUUCUUUGCCACAACAAGAUUUCUGGGAAAUUGUUAAAGCGGAGGCGGCAAACAUGGCUGGAACGAAAAAGAAGAGCAAAGAUAACGGAAACGAUUUCAAAGAAAGCUCUAUCGUAUUGGGCAGCGACAGUAGUCACGUGGGCGAGGAUGGUGCCGAUAAGGGCACCGACCUGUGGGACGAUCUCCAGGCAAAACUGACAUCUUGUGCUCAAGAAGAAAUGCUGCUGAGCUCUGCAAAAUCCUCGUUGGAACUUACAAAAUCUAGUAACUUGCUGGAAGUGGAGGUGUCGUUCUUUCAGGAAGAAGGGCGUAUUGUACUGCGCGCCAACCCCUUAGAGUGGUGGCAGAAUAUGCGCAUGAAGUAUCCGUUCCUAGCUCGAUUGGCACGCUACGUAUUGUCCAUUCCGUGUAAGGUGAAGGUAGACGACAACCCAAUUCGGUUUGACGGGGGCCUUGUCAAACGCGGACCAUCGCAAAUGAACAUGGCAGAUUUAUGCGAUCUACUUGCAGCUUCGAUGAAUCUUCGCACAGAAAAGAACCCGCAUUUUGAGGCUGCGAGUAAGCAUAUGUGGUCGACGGUAUGA